AUGUCAGAAGAUAAAAAUAAAUGCUCAACUUGUGGUAAAAUCUGCCUGAAGCCCUCGAUUCUACUCAAACAUAUGAGAUCUCACACAAACGAACGUCCAUACCCAUGCGAUGACUGUGGCCUCAGCUUCAAAACCAAGAGUAACCUGUAUAAACAUUGCAAAUCUAAGAGCCAC